AUGCCACAGCCGAAUGCUCGACAACGCGCCAGAAGGACCUCUGGUGCUCCGCAGCCGAUGGAUUUCACCGGAACGAAACCAUCGCUGUCGGAUGGCAUAGUUUUGGUGGAUGGCCAGAAAUUUUACAUUUCAAAGACGCACCUGUUCCGCCAUUCUAUGUUCUUCAAGAACAUGUUUUUCGAAAAAGGCGUCCAAGAAGGUAAUGAGGAAAUGGUGGAGCUUAAGGAGGCGACAGCAGAAGGAUUCCAGAUUUUUCUGGAACUUAUUAAUGGACAGAAUCGAUUAUCAGACGAGAAUAUAGAAGCUGUCACCAAGUGCUCCGCGAUAUGCCAGUCUGACAUCCCCUCGAAAAAGUGUCUGAAAUUUCUUCAAAAAAAGUCGAAGCUUUCGAAAACUGAGAAAUUUUUGCUCGCCGAUAAGCUGGACUUUAUUGCUUUGAAGCGUUGGCUCCUCAGUGAUGUGAAAACCAAUGAGGACAUGGAUGGCCUGCUUCCACCGCUCGAUCUCUCGGCUUUCAAGCCGAAUACCGUGGAAUUGAUCGCCAAAAAGUCGCUGUCGAUCAAUGGAGUUGAUCGUCCGCCACGUCCGAUUGAAGCUCCUAUGGGUUAUCGUACUCAAAGAAACGGAGCAUCUCCACAAGAAAUGCGGGAAAUUCUAUACAUUUUAGGAAGGCAUAUCAAUCAACCAUGGGCUCGAAGAAUACGAGACGAGCGUAAUCCACUGAAUGACCACGACAACGAGCUCCUAACGGAGCUCAAUAACAUCCAACAGAAGAUCCGUAAUGGUCCCGCAUACAGUUUAUGGGGUCAAAGACGUCCUGAACGCGAAUGUUCUCGAGAAAGAUCCCCACACCGUCCAACGUAUGGAUCAAUGCUUAACAACACGCCUUUCGCACGCUAUGGAGCUCCGGGAGCUUUUUCAUACAGUCCGUACAGGCAAUAG